UGUCGUUGGAGCGCGCUCUGCGGUCGCAGUAGGGACAUCACUCACUCACUGACACAGAGUGAGGCGCAUUAAGGAAAUUAUUGAAACAUCUCUUUGUUUGGCGGAAGCUCGUUCAGCCUCCAGCGGCUCAUGGAGAGCGCAGCUCCGCUUGUCCGCACCGGGGACGCGCUGAUCGGAUGCCUUUCACCACAGCGGCGCCGUUAGAUGCUUUUCCAAUCAGGAUUAACUGGUUUUUGACCAAUGGCUCCCAAACAUGCGCUCCUCUCCACCAGUGGCCCCGGGCUCCGAGGAGACACCUGUCCCCCCGCCUCCUCUUCUCCUCCUCCUCCUCCUCCAUGGAGCCUGGAUCCAGCGGGGAUUCUGGCCGCCCGCACGCCGAGGAACGUGAAGGGGAUGCGGGCGCUGAGUGGGAUGACGGCCCGGUGGUUUGUGGUACUGAUGCUGGUGAUGCAGAGCUGCGUGGCCGCUGACGCUGAUGACUCACCCCUGAACCCUGCAGCUGCCGCCAACCUCCCGUCCACCCCUGGAAUUGGACUCAGAAAAGCUGGCGCUGAAGACAAAGACACCUGGUCUGCGGGGACAACGUUUGCCGAGGCCAGAACAGCGGUUUGGGCUGAAAGUGAAGCGGGAGCAGGUGGGGAAGUCUUUGCCGAGACAGGGAUUCUGACUGGAACCGGUGCUUGGGCUGAAGCUGGUGCUGGUGCCGAGUGGAGGCCUGCAGAGAGAGAGGGGGACGACCUGCCAAACAUGCCCAGGGAGCAGGCUGCCUGGCUGGGUGAGCAGAGGCUGAGAAGGCGGGGAGGAGACCAACGAGAGGAGGUGGCGGCGUUUUCGUCAGUCUUCAGCGUGUUGGCAGAGACGGCACCGGCGGUGAGGAAACCUCUGGGGCUGCUCUCCAAAGCUGCUUGGUCCAAGAGCAUGUCUUCAUCAUCGUCCAAAGCCUCCUCGUCGACGACCAAAUCGCCCUCUUCGCCGGCAUCGUCCACAACCGGUAACAGAAACGUUCAGACAGCAGCAGCAAACAACGCCUCUUUGUUUACUGUCAACAACACCAACAACAACAACAACAACAACUCCAACAGCAGCAGCAGCAACAGCAGCAGCUUCACUUCGGAGGAGUCAGUGAGCAGCCUGCCAGCGUGGGACCUUCCCACUGUCCCAGAGUCCCUCCUGUCCACAGUGGGCGACCACGAUGUCACACUUCCCGCCAACAUCACCAGCCCCUUCUCCACCCACCAGUGGAACACCACAGCGCCCGCGCGAACCAGAAACACCUCACGCCACAUGACCACGCCCACAACCAUCAUGAAGACAUCUCCACCGACAACAACCACCAACACCCCCACCAUCACCAUCCCCACCACCACCACCGUGGUGUUACCUCUCCUGUUCUCCACCACAGUGAGAGCACAAACGCCACCAGAAGCCACCACAGCUUCAAACAGCACAGGCCAGGACACUGUGACCAGUGACAGCCUUCAGCUGACAAUGGUAACCACGACAACGCCCUCGACGACCACUCCUACUGUGACCGACGAUGACGCGGGGGCAACCAACGUCAGCGCCGCAACGUCACCUCCAAGUUCCACCACGCAGCAAACGACGACCGCACAGGCUACGACUCGACCGACAACAACCGCCACAACCACACCUGCUCCUACUACAACCACCACUGAACCACCAACCACCACCACCACCACCACUACUACUACUGCUGCUCCCACUACUACAACUACUAUUACUACUACCACUGCUGCCACCACAACUACUACUCCUACAGCAAGUACAACCACAACAACAAAGGUUCCUGUCACCACCGUGACGCCACCUCUUACUACAACCACAGAACCUCCGUCCAGCACCACGGCAGAGGAGAGUCCGCUACCAUGCAACGUGACCCAGAGGUAUUGGGUCAGAACAGUUUUGUCCAUCGAGCUGCGCAGGAACUGCCUGGACCUGAUCCUGAAACAGAAUCUGUCUAAAGGACUGAGUCACGCCCUGCAGAGAGCCCUGAACGACUCCACCGCCACAGCACAGGUGGAACACGACGACUGCAGCCCUAACAACGUCACCUUAGGUUACUACGUGACCGGCGGGAAAACCGUCUACGUGUCCUCGCUGGUGGUCGAGGCGCUCAACGUCUACGGCUUCGACAAACUGCUGUCGGACGUCAGGCAACACACGCCGCUGGUUAAGGCUGUUCUGGUUCCCGUGGCAACCUGGUUACCUGCUCACAGCAUUCACCUGCAGCUGAAAACAGUGCUGAGGUUCGUCGGCCCCACAGACAACAUCUACUCCUGCAGUUUCGUCCAGAUGUUGGAGCAGAGGCUCGGGAACGCCUUCGACGAAGCUCAGGACAAAGUGCUGGAGACGUACAACAGGCUCGCCGUGGAGAUCCAGAGUGUGUGGCAGGAGCCGGGCUCUCCGUCCGUCUCGCUGGUGUACGUGGUGAAGAACCAGGACUCGGUUCUGAACGGGACCAUAUCCAGCGGCCUCCUCAACCAGCUGACGGCGGAGCUGGUCGGCUACUUCCUGUUCUACCCGCCGCUGGUCAUCGCUGAGCCCCUAGAAUACCAUAAUCUGAACACGUCAGCGGCAACAAAGAGCUACUGGGUGAUAACAGUGAUCCAGGAUGUGGACACGUCCUCUCUGGAGGCCAACUACCAGAGCUUUGCCAGUCUGAUGGAGCAGCGUCUGGCUGAGCUCUUCCUGGUCGCGGGCAGACAGGGUUCUCAGGCUGCACGGUCGCGACGCGCCACGACUGUGGGCGGAUACACUGUGCAGAUGGUGAGCAUGCGCCGGCUACCUGGUCCCAAGAACCCGGCAGAGAUGACGUACUACGUCCAGCUGAACGGAGCGCCAGUCUCCGGGACCAUGGCUGCCAAGACUCUCAGCAGUCUGGACUCCCAGACCAUGGCUUUGACUCUGGGAUACUUCGUACAAGUGCAGGCUGAACCUGUGGUAAAGACGCCGCCCAGCAACCUGUGGAUCAUGGCUGUCCUCACACCUCUCUUCCUGUUGAUGGUGGUGAUCGGCAUGGUGGCUUUCAUUGUGUGCAAGAGGAAUAGGGUCAUCUUCAAAACUGGCGCCUUCAGGUCCUUCAAAACGCGCUCCAAGACGUCAUACCGAAGGGAAGGCAGUUACCACCACCAGCCUGUUCAGGGCUUCGACUACGCCAAGAAGCACAUGGGUCGGACGGGUGAGGACGCCGUCUCUGUUACCAAGGAAACGCUAGUGCUGGGGCUGCCGGUGCGAGAUGCUCCGCUGUCACUGUCUCUGGAUAAGAAGGUUCACCAGGAUGGCACCGGCACUAAGAGGCCUCCGUCUGCCGACGUGCACAAAGGAGGACGGUUGCCAAGUGAGGAGGACGGCUCGGUGUCGAGUAGCGGCUCGGGGAAGCUGAACACCAGCAAGAGCUCGACGGCCCGGCGGACGGCGACGGGCAGCGGCAGCGUCAAGAAUGGCAAAGAGGAGCUGCACAAGAGGAGCGGCAACGACCCAUAUGAAGACCAUUCCGGUUCCCUGCGUCUCAUCACCAUCAAACCCAUGACGGCACAGCCGACCUACUCCUACCCUUCCUCCUCCUCACACAGCCAGGACUCUGUGGUCGUCAACGGGGAGGUGAGUCCGCGCAUGGCAAACCACGUUGGGUUGAAGCAGAAGUCGGACAUCGAGCACUACAGGAACAAACUGCGUCAGAAGGCGCGGAAGAAGGGCUACGGAGAGUUCUCGCUGUCUGAGACCGGCAGCCACGGUUACAGUCACCGCGACACCAGGCACGGUCGCCAUGACGGCGGCCUCAAAGAGCCAAUGACCGCAGAGGAGAAGAGGGCCUCCUUCGCUGGGUGUCACAAGAGGUUCUCUCACCCCCGAGAGCCGACCUACUGGAGCAGACAGUCUCUGAGCAGCCCGAGUCCAGUGGAGACGGAGAUGGACCUCCUGGUGCUGAGAGAACGAUCCAGGCGAGGCAUCCGCAACAAUGGCUACGAUGUGAGUGAACGAAAGAAUGGGGAAGCGGAACCAUUCGAGGAGACUAACGUGGACCGUCUGAUGAGCUCCCUGGGCUACGGAGGUGGAUCCACCGGCACCGGCAGCCUCGGGGUGAAAGCUCACCGCGGCUCCGACUCCUCCACACUCAGCUCGCAGCCGUCCAUUGACGAGGUCCGCACGCAGAUGCACAUGUUGCUAGGCAACGCUUUCAGCCUGGCACCUCCGGACCACGACCCGCCUUCCCCUCCAACCAACCGCCACCAUCACCACCACCACGCCCACAGCGCUUAUAACCCCUCCCACACCAGCCACUACAGCGACGGAGUGACCAGCGCCCCGGGCACCAUGAACCACCCGUGUGGGGGGAGACAGAGGAGCGCGGCCUACGAGGACAUGCACCAGUGCAGCCUGCCCAAACCGGGUUUCCGUUUCACUCAGCUUCCUGACAUGGGCAUCGGUUCUCCUCCGCCACUGAUCCCGUCUCGACCUGGUCCUCCACCGGGGACCUCAAUACGACGUUCCACUCCUGACGUUAGUCUGAAGCCUCGUGUGUCGGAGGCCUCGGAACUCCAGGCCCAGCAGCACAACGGCGCCCCCUACCUGCCAAUGUCCAGGACCCCCUUCCCUGCAGUUACUGUUGACCAGUCCGUCACCACCUACUCAGGAAACCCAAUAACAGCAGUCUACGCGAUAUCAGCAAACCGCCCGGGCUACUCGGACUACUAUGUCAUGUCGCCGCCGUCCUCGUACCGUAGUCCGUCCUGGAUGUCCUACCCACCUGAGCCUGAAGACCUGCCGAGGCAGUGGAACGAUGUGCCGCAGAACUCACGUCACCUCGAAACCAUCUGCUGAAGUCGUCCAAACCUGUGAUGUUAUGUGUCUUCUCUCUGGACAGGUAGAGGACCUUCUUCUCACAGAAGACUCUCUCUGUCCGUCUCUCACCUCCCUCCCUCCCUCCCUCCCUCCCUCCUCCGUCGACCACAUCGUACCACAGCUGCUCUUCUCUCCACUGGCCUUGGCCUCCAUCUGUAUCUUCUCGCAGACCAUUUCAUCUGCAGCUCUGAUCAGAGCUCCACUUCAGCCAGCCACAACUCUCUCUGUAUUCUGAGCCCUGAGCCCCACCCACCAUCCCAGCUUUACUAGCUCGUCCAGGCCCCCCCCCCCGAGUCACUGUUUCCAUGUAGACUUCCUGGUGGCCACCACUGAACAGCCAGAGGCCCCUCACUCUGCUGAACUGAGCUAAGCUAAGCUGAGCUGAGCUGAGCUGAGCUGAGCUGAGCUGAGCUGAGCUGUACUGUGCCUCCCUACCUGACAGCCCGCAUGCUGUGGACAAAACAGGGUGAGUGCAGCACAGAGCGACGAGUUCUCCGCCUCGGUGUUUCAUCGUACAGUAACUGCCAUCUGCCCAGCACAGCAGCACUCCUCUGGAGCUGGAACAGAACUGGACCGGACCAGACCGGACCGUGCCAUCAAAGACUAGCUCCGCUGUAAACGCCAGGAACGCUGGACUGACUAAAAAACUGUGCUUUUUAUUUGAUGAAUCCAAAUUCCUAUGUAAACCUUCUACAGCUGGUUAAUAUGUGUGUUUUAAACUUAAGUGACACAAAAAGAAUCCAAGGUAAAAAAAAAAAAAAAAGACAAAAAACAAACAAACAAUCCUCUCGAGCCGUCUUCAGUUUCAGUUGAUGAAUUUUCUGUGUGCUUUUGUCUUUUAUUUUCGUGCAAUGGAUUACUGUACAAAAAAAGAUGUAGUGAGUGUUUCUCGGUCACUCGCUUUACUCCAAGGAAAAAAAAGAAAAAAUCCAUUCUGCUCUUUGAAGCAGACAAAAUGGCGGCUUAGUUGUCUGUGGUUCUGAUGGCAUUUCUGUACUUUUCAAAAGUGUUGACUUCAUUUGUUUGUUUGUUUUUUUUUCCUUUUCUCGGAUUGGAUGACGAUCUCCGUUGACCACCUAACAAGUUUGCGUCCGCUGACAUUUGACAGACCUGAGACAAGAACACGUUUAGAUCCAUCUGUGGUUUGUGUUUGUUUGUUUGUUUGUUUUCGACGUUUGCAGAUGUGAGCACAUCGGACACUCACAGAUUGAGUUGGAUUAGAAGUAAUUUUCAAUUUUCUUUCCAUUAGAAUCCUGUAAACUGGGGACGCAGUGAUAGUUGAGUGUCAUCUGCAAACAUGUUGACAUUUUUGCCGAUAAUGACACAGAUUUGUUUUUAAGUGGUUGAAAAACAAAGUAAAAAGGCUGUAGAACUAUUGUUAUUAGUGGAGGUGAAGGGCUGAAAGACUUUAAAGGUUCAACAUUAUGUAUCCAAUCGUACCGAGUCUGGCGGAGAGCUUUCUUUGGACUUAAACUGGGCAAACACUGUGUGAUUGUUGGCCCAUUUUGAGCUGGUUUUUCCACUCAUGCGACUAUUGGGAUUUGGGAUCCCCAUACAUGGAGUAUAUAACCCUCACGACCAGCUCCCAAUUGGCCAUCAUAUGAAAAUCAAACCUGUUUGAAAUGCUGAUUUGCCCCUCAUGAGGUUAUCACACUGUUGAAGGAGAACCACGAGCCGACUCAUCUGAUCCUCGGUGGGUUUUCCUUCAUUGCGCGAACACAGAACCUAACGUGACGUCAAGUGCAAGUGUGCGUCUUUAAGGCUCGACUUUACAGUUCCGGGUACACCGGGGAGUCCAACGCGUUGUGUAGUGUGAGCAGUCAGGUCGUAUACGCACAUUGGACCUUUAAAGUGUGUGCACAUAAAUUGUGAGCUUUGACUUUUUAUCGCUUGUGAUUUAGUCGCACAGAGUAUGCCCGGCUUAACUGUUUUAUUAACUGAGUCAUGUAUGGGUCAUCCUGAGCUAAGAACUUUCAGAAAACUAGUCUAGUGGAAUUUGUAUUUAGUUUAUUCAUCCAUUCAUUCAUUCAUUCAUUCACCUUCCACCACUUUAUCCUUCACAUGAGGGCUGCUGGUGCCAAGCCCAGCUGACAUAGGGUGAAAGGCGGGGUCAAACUCUGGCCAGGUCGCCAAAUGUUGUAUAUUGAACCUUUAAAACAUUUUCAAAUGUAUUUGUGUCCCUCUACACAAAAGAAAGACAGAAAACAUCUGUGUCAGUAUCGGACAAACGUUUUAUUCUAUUUCAAUAUCGGUAUCUGUAUCGGCGCAGACUUUUACAUUGGUGCAUCAUUAAUGUGAACUUAGAAAAACGAUUCUUUUACUUGAAAUCUGUCAACUGUAUUUUAUUGUGUAAGGAACUUUGGCUCGUGGGUUGUUUUUGGUCUCGAUGGCGACGGAUGAACGUGCGGUCGUUAGAAGAUGAGAUGCGCCAGGGCUCAGCUGAGCUGCCAUACUGUAUGUAACGGUUAAAUGUAUUCAUGUAUAUAGCAGAUGAUUUAACAAAGAGGUUUAUGCAAGAAGGGUGGGAGGGACAUGUUGCUUGACAUUGUUCAGAUGCCAUUUUUUUUAUAUAUAUAUAUAUACUUCUCAGUGUUCAUGAUGGACUGUUUUUUUUUUUUUUUGGCGCAAACGUCACAAUAUUGUUUGUGUUAGAAACUUUUAAACGAAAAUGAAGCACUCAUUUAUUUUUUAUCCAGGCAAGAUUUAGCACAAUAAUCACACUUGAUAUUCCAGUAGAUUCACAAAAAUUAGUAUUUUACUCCCCCCCAGUAGGGGGCAGCCAUCUCUGACUGUUAAUGUAAUGUAUGACUCUGUUUUUUGUCUGGUUUCUGGUUGAAGGUUCUGUAGUUGGCCUGAAAAAUGGAUGUUUGAGAGGAGAGAGCAAAAGAACUUAAGCAUGUUUGAGUGAGUUAAACUAUUUUAAUUUUUAUGUUUAUUCCUCCUACACUUACUUGAUAGCUGCGAGCAGAAACUGUAGCCAGAUGCCAUUGCAUUGCUAUUUGGUGUUAGCAGCUAGCCAGGUGCCACUGGCACCAGGGUGUGACAUUAGCAGCUACUGUAGCAUGCAAGGUCAUCAGUGUUUGAUGUUAGCAGACACAUUAGCCAGACGCCGUGGUAUUGCUGUUUGAAGUUAACAAAUGCAGUAGCUAGAUAUCUUUUCUGUUAGCCGCUAUGGUAGUGACAUGCCAUUGCAUUGCUAUUUAACAACUAGCCGGACACAACGGCAUCACUGUUUCAAGUUAGCAGCUACAGUAGCUACAUUUCUUUGCCAUAAGCAGCUAUGGUAGUUAGGUGCCAUGUCAUUGCUAUUUGAUGUUAGCAACUAGCCUGACACAACAGCAUCAGUGUUUCAAGUUAGCAGCUACAGUAGCUAGAUUUAUUUGCUGUUAGCAGCUACGGUAGUUAGAUAUCAUGUCAUUGCUAUUUGAUGUUAGCAACCAGCCUGAUACAACAGCAUCAGUGUUUGAUGUUUGCAGCUACUGUAGCCAGAUGCUUUAGCAUCUGUAUUUGAUUUGUUAGCAGCCACUGUAGCCAGAUGCCAUGACAUAGCUCUUUGACGUUAACUGCUACUUUAGUGAUGCACCGUGGCAUUAGCAGCUAGUGUAGCAAGACGCCUUGGCAUUAGUGUUUGACAUUAGCGGCUACUGUAGCUAGACACCGUGGCAUUAGCAGCUGUCAGGCGCUUUAGCAUAAGUGUUUGUCAUUAGCGGCUACUGGGCUACUCUAGUCACACACCGUGGCAUCUGUGUUUGAUGUUAGCCAUCCACUGUGGCAUUGGCGCUAGACAUCAGCAGACACUGUAGCUAGCUGCCAGUAGCUGCUAUAGUCAGUCAUUGGUGCCAUGGCGUCUGGCUUCAGUCACUGCUAAUGUUUGUGAUGUCAUCAGUUUAUGACAACUGCGCCCUGCUAUUGAAAACAAAGUAACAAUUUUUUUCUUUGUUUUUAGCAAAUCUAGUAAAAAUCAAGUUUAUUGUUGCGCUACGUCUUGCCUAACAUCAAAUAAAACAAACCAUAUUUUUAUGUGCUUCAUCUCUACUAAAACAUAUAAGACAAAGGAUUCAGAUGGAGAUUUCAGCGACAAGCAGAUCUGUCUUUGUUUACAGUUGUCUUUGUAGUUAAAAAAAAGAAAAGCUAAACACAAUUUCUCUUUCGCUGUAUGUUCGGCUAAUCAUCAUUCAGAUGGCACCAAAGGAGAUUAUAGCCAUAUAUGAAUUGAACUAUAAAUAGACAUAAAACAUCUGUAGGAUACAGAACGCAGUAAUCCAUCAAAGUUAACCAAAAAUAACCAAAAUGAGAUAUAAAAUACAGAAAGAGAUCGUAUACAGUAGAUAGAAAUACUAUAGUACAUGCAGUGUAGUUUAUGAUAAAAUGAGCACUUUUACAAAGAGCAGGAAUUGUGGUUGAGAAAACCAGAGUCACUGUAAAAAAAUGCUGUUGUAUAGCAUGGAAUAUUAGGAUUCUCGAAAUGUACAGAACGUCUUGGAAAUCCUGUCAAAGCCAGACAUUUUUUUUGUAGAUUUGACUGCAGCAGUGAAACAAAAGAUAUAUAUAUCUAUCAAUAUACAUAUAUAUAUAUGUAUGGAGAAAAUUUUAAUAUUUACAACAAUUGUUACACAAUUUCUAAUCCUGAUCGUGACUUUCUGAAAUACUGCAGAUGAGUUAGACCCUGUCUGCAGCAUUUAGGUCCACAAAUGCAAAUUUUAAAAGCGAUUAUUUGCUCUGAAACAUAUUAAUAAUGCGCCAAAUCCAGCCUGUAUUCAUUUCUUAAAUCCAGUUCUGCAAAUGAUGAACAAUCGCUGUGGAUGUUUCGGGAAGAAGAAAGUAAGUGGAUCAUAUUUUAAAUCAUAACUGGUGUAUAAAGUCAUCUUUGGUUCAAAUGUUAAACACUUUCACACAUGUUUAUCAUUUGUUUUGACGCCAUGUUAAAAAGAAAGAGGGGGGGCGGGGUUUUUAAAAAGGCAGUGAGGGGGAGGAGACCUGAUGCUAUGCUAAUAGGUUGAUGUGCAAUGUUUAUGCUUCUCACGGGUAGCGGCGGGAUGCUUGUAUCCACGAUGUCGACUUGACUGUAACUAUAGUUUUCUUUUUCUGCCGUUUAUGAGCCAUGUCAUGAUGCUGUGGCGUCAUGGCGACGCUGAUGAUGAUGAUGUCACGCUGUCGUCACUGGGGGGGAGUCGGUAGAAGGUCACGGUGACGACAACUAUUGAGCGCUGUUGUUGGAUGUAGUUAUGCAGAAAUAAAAACAACAUUUUGGUGAAUUUAAACAAUAAAGACAAUACAUUUGUGAAAACAAA